AUGGCCAUCACAAAGGAAUCGUUCGGCGCCCAAGUCACCAAUACUUCCCUUUCAAGAGAGGGAAAGAGUCAAAAUAUAUCUGAUAGGGCAAUAUCUCUGAUGGAUCAAAUGAAAGACCAACAAGUAGAUGCGGACUACACGUUAAUUCAUGUAUCACAACGUGAGAUAAUCGUCGAAUUUCAGGAAGGGUCAGCCGCAAAUCCACAAAAUUGGACUCUUAAAAAGAAACUAUUCAACGCCAUUGCCGCCUUUCUCAUCAUUGUCAACUGCGGUAUAUCUAGUGCCCUCCCGAGUAACGCAGCACCAACGAUCAUGAGUGAAUUCGGUCAAGCCGGAAUAGACGAGUGGUCAUCGUUACCCAAUGCAGUAUACUUGAUGGGUUAUGUAGUAGGCUCUGUGAUAUUCAGUGCUCUGAGCGAAACUAUCGGCCGAAGGCCUGUUCUUCUGGGAUCAUUUACUGUGUUUGUCUUGGGAACACUUGCAUGUGCCCUGGCACCCAAUUGGCCGUCUCUGUUGGUGUUCAGGGCUAUUUGUGGACUUGCUGGUUCGGCACCUCAGACAGUAAUUGGGGGAUUGUAUGCGGAUAUAUUCUUUGAUGCGCGUACUCGCGGAAGGGCGAUGCUUUCGUAUACGUCGGCAAGGGAGAAGAAAGCAGACUGA